AAAAUUUCGAGAAACUUACAACAAAAUCUCAAAGGAAAACGUGACGUCACAGUGGCUUGUUGUUGCUCGUGGGCAGCAGUAGGAAAAACGGUGGUGGGUGAACGAAAACCAAAGCUCCUUCCUAUCCUCUUUAUCAACGUCACACUUGUUUUUGGAUAAGGCUUGAGGCGGUCUAAUUAAUCCAAGAUGACGUCCAAAAACUCCAAAAUGAUGAAUAUUAUAAACUACCGCCUUCGAAUCACGCUUGCGGAUUCCCGAGUACUUACCGGACAGAUGCUUGCGUUUGAUAAACACAUGAACCUUGUUCUUGCUGAUUGCGAAGAGUUCCGCAAGGUCAAGUCCAAAGGAAAGGUUCCCGAAGGUCAGCCUGAGCAAGAAGAGAAGAGAAUGCUUGGUCUUGUUAUUCUUAGAGGCGAAACCAUCGUCAGCAUGAGCAUCGAUGGACCACCACCGCCGUCUACUGAAGACAAGUCAUCGCGUGCUUCACAAUUGAUGACUGGUCCUGGUGUGGGCAGAGUAAGUGAUAUAACCAUCCCAUACAUAAUCAUUAGACGCACUGUAAUUAACAACAAUUUCUUGUAGCCUGCUGGUAGAGGAAUGCCUCCUAUGCCCCCAAUGGGUGCAGGAUUGGGUGGCCCAGUCCGUGGAGUCGGUGGCCCUGCUCCUGGU